AGGCUGCCCGGUCCCUGGAGAGACCCUUCCACCAGGAGGACCCACACAGCUCAUGGACUAUUCCACACCCAGGUGCAGCGUCUGGAGGGAACUAGUCCUUGUGGCCAGUCUGAUGGCCUGUGGGAUCCGUCAGGCCUCCAGCCAAAUCUACAUCAUCCCAGACACACUCGUAGGGGUAGAGGGAUAUCGGAGCUACCUGGUCCUCGGGAACGCCCCUGAGGAUGCUCAGGAAUAUAGCUGGCACCGGGGUGCAAAUGACACCGAGGGAAACAUGAUUAUCAGCUACGACAGCACGUCUGAUCCCGGCAGUAUGGGCAGUGGCCGGGAAGCCCUGUCUAACGCAGGUAACCUGCUGAUCAUUCGGGCUCAAUUAAAUGACACGGGGAACUACACUGUGCGGGUGGAUGCCAUCAGCGGGACCCAGAGAACAACUGGCUGGCUCAAGAUUCAAGAGUUAGAAAUCCCGGGCAUCUCGGUCAACGCCAGCUCCGUGGUAGAGGACAUGGAAUCCGUGGCUGCCGUCUGCGACACCAAUGCCACCAACGUCACAUGGUAUGUGGAUUACAUACCAGUGUCCAGCAAUAACCGGAUGACAAUCUCCCCAGACGGCAAGACCCUCAUCAUCCAAAGAUUCAGCCGCUCCGACAAACCGCUUCAGUGUGGGAUAGAAGUCCUCCCAGAGAUUAUUCAAAGAAGUGAACCCAUCUCUUUGACAGUGUUCUUUGGACCCUACUAUGUGCUGUUGUGGACCAAUCCGAAUGACUUCAAUGGCGUCCUGCCCGCUGAGAUCGGCUCCCAGGUGGAGAUGGAGUGUGUCUCCUACUCCAGACCAGAAUCCAAGUACCGCUGGAUGCACAAUGGCUCCCUCCUGAGCUUCUCAGAGAAAAACAUCACCCUCCUGAAUCUGACCUGGGACCAGAUGGGCAGAUACAGAUGCAUCGGGGAGAAUCCCGUCACCCAGCUGACCUUUCACCAGGAAGUCCAGGUGCAGGCGCCCUGGCGCAGGACCAUUGUUACCAAAACUUUCACCAUCUCAGGAACCUGGGUGGUGCUUCUCAUCUUGAUGACAGUCCUGGGAGGUGUCUUCUUCUGUAUCAUCCUGAUCCAUACCCUGAUCAAACAUUACUCCACCAGGUCACAUUGGGGUACAUGACCUCAGACCUGGAGGACAAGACCAGACGGGAAAAGAGCAAAUGGGAUUCCAACUUCUCCACUUCCUUAACCCGACAUGAUUGGACCAUCAGAGAUACUGCAAAUACGGCCCAUCUCGACCCUGCCAGUGACAGAGAAACAACGUAGACAUGCCUGACAACCGGGAAUUGCUUAAACGAGGCACAGCACAUGCUGAGCGAAUCUGUCACCGUUAGAAACCACGCUGGGGAAUGAUGCUUACUGACGGGGACAGUGUUUACAACUUGCUGCUACGUUAGGAAUGCAUAUCGCAGAACUGUGUGUGAUAGGCCCACGUUGUGAAAGGUGUAGAUUAGUUAAUUGAUGUAAUGAUAAUUUUACAUUAGGUGCGAAUGUGUUUUCUACGGUUUUAUGCGUACACACGUACACACACUCUCCGCAUACACACACACGUCUGUGCAAAAAUUUUGGACAAUGUUAACUAUCAACUGUGCUAUCUCAGUUUCUUUCUUUGCACUUUAAUGUAUAUUCUGAAGUGUUCUUUUUUCCUUCACAAAGUUCAUACCUUGUUCAUA